CCCCUCCAGGACACGGCAGAAAAGAGAAGUGCAAGUUUUAAGAACGUGGCCAAUGAAUGGUAAAAUUGCUCAUAUACAUAUAAUUAGCGCUCCAACUAACGAUUAUUUAUUUUUUUAAUCUGUUAAUCUGUCGACUUUUUUAUAGAUUAAUCAAAUAUUUGUUUGGUCUGUAAAAUAUCAGAAAAUGUUCAUCUGUGUUUCCCAAACAUGGAAAUGAUGAUGUUCUCGAAUGUCUUGUUUUGUCCACUAACCAAAAUGAUUCAACUUUAAAGACGUAUUUCUUAUAUGGAGCAAGUAAACUAUAAAAUAUUCAUAACACUUAGUUUUAAUUAUUGAAAAAGCACUCAAAACAAAUAGUCAGCUAUCAAAAUGAUUGUCAAAUAAUUGUUGCAUCCCUACAUAUUAUACAUUAAUACAACCAUUUAAUACAGAAGUUCACCAAUUUAAAAAAAUAUAUAUGCUGUUAGAGAUAUGGCUGAAAAUGUGUUGCUAAUGCACACAUUUAUAUUGUGCUUUGGGUCAUGAGUGUUUGCAACCUUUAAAAAAAUGGUUCCCACAUAGAAAGUUGUGGAAACACUGCUUUGGAGCACAGCAAUGCUAUUUGGAAAACAAAGACUGGGAGAGUAAAUGGAGAUGGAAACUUGAAGUGAACACAUUAAUAAUUGAAAGAGAGUGUGAAUAAACUUGUUUAAAGGGCGUCGAGAAGGCAAAUGAAUGUAAUUUAAUGACCCCUAAAAUGGGGGCAGAUGAAGAAGGUGUUGUGACUCAAACACAGAGCCACUGUUGUGGCUUCCUGUCACAUAAAGGUUACAGAGAACUAACACCUCUGCUUGCUGGUGGUUGGGUGGGUGGUUACAAAAGUCAGAUGAUAGGCAGUGGAAGUGAAAGCACAACUGUGAAGCAGAUACUCUGCUGCAGUGGUCUGAGAUGGACAAGCUUAAAACUGUUCUUAACAUUGCCAACAAACAGACCAACCUUGGUUGCGGGUUGUUGGCUCUGCUAACAGCAGGAGGGGAGCAGAUCUUCUCCUCAGCAGUGUUCAGUUGUCCCUGCAAUGGUCAGAACUUCAUAUAUGGCAUGGUGUUCCUGCUGGUGCCCGCUCUGGCUCUGAUGCUGCUGGGUUACAUCGUAAACAAGAAGACGUGGAAGCUGCUGACAGGUCUGUGCCAGCAAAAAGCCAAGCUGUGUCGCUGGAAGAAGCUGAGAACCACAGUGAUCAUCCUUUUCCAGAUCAGCACCAUGGCAAUGGUGGCACCUGCCAGCUGGAUUGCUGUUGCUCUGCUCAGUGGUAAAUACUAUGAAUGUUUGCGGACUGGGACCAGGGUUUACAUCAACUAUCUGUGUAAUGAAACAAAACCUCAGUGUAAGGACCUGCAGAAGUUCCCCUGUAGCAGUGAGACGCAAGCGAGAGAUGUCCUGCUUGCCCUGCGAGCUGAGUCUCAGGUUUUGGGUUGGCUGCUCAUCUCGUCCAUCAUGUUGUCCAACCUGCUCAUCAGCUGUCUGGCUCGCUGUGCGUCUCCCAUCAGCUAUCUGCAGCUCAAGUUCUGGAGGGCAUAUGCUCAGGAGGAGUGCAAGCUGAUUGAUUCAUACAUGGAGAAACACGCCAAAGAGCUUGCUGAGAGGAACCUGAAGUGUUUCUUUAACCAGACACUGCCUCAGCCCAUCAUCACUCCUUCCAACAAGGACUGGGAGAGGGUCUCCACCCUCUACAAGUUCACCACCAAAGGCCAGUACUACAGCACCUUGCAUCGCUAUGUGGAGGAAUCCAUGGAGUGUGGCGACGGGAUGAUGAGGAUGAUGUCGGUCAAGUCAAGUGAGGCUGCUGAUGACAAUCCUGCUAUUCUUGGUUUUGUAGAUGAUGGCAGCAUUCCAGGGUGAGAUUAUAGUCAUCAAGCAAUCAGUCAAAUAGUAUUUGUAUAUCCCAUAUUCUCAAAUCGCAGUUUGCCCCUGAAACACCUUUUUAUCAAUUUUUUUGAAAACAAUAAAUGAAGUUGUCUUGAACAAAAAAAA